AUGGUUUCAGCCUUGACGGAUGCAGACCACUGUAACAAGUGCCCUGAGGAUCAACAUCCAAACAGAAAUCAGGAUGGCUGUAUUGCUAAAACUAUAAGUUAUCUAUCAUAUGGAGAGACCUUGGGAAUAAUUCUGACUUCAUUUGCACUUUCCCUUUUUCUGAUCACACUUGUGGUAAUGUGGAUCUUCAUUCAACACCAGGAGACUCCCAUUGUCAAGGCCAACAACUGGAACAUCACAUGCACACUCCUCAUUUCCCUAUUGCUUUGCUUUCUCUGCUCCUUCCUAUUCAUUGGAAAGCCUGGGAAGGUGACCUGCCUUCUCCGUCAAACCAUAUUUGGGAUUGUCUUCUCCCUGGCUGUUUCUUGCGUGUUGGCAAAAACCAUCACUGUGGUUCUGGCCUUCAUGGCCACCAAGCCAGGAAACAGGAUGAGGAAAUGGGUGGGAAAGAGACUGGCAGUGUCUGUCAUCAUCCUUUGCACUCUUAUUCAAACUGGCAUCUGUGCACUGUGGUUGGCAACCUCUCCUCCCUUCCCAGAGUUUGACAUGCAUUCACAGACUACCCAAAUCAUUGUGCAGUGCAAUGAAGGAUCAGCCCCCAUGUUUUAUACUGUCCUGGGCUACAUGGGGCUUCUGGCCAUCAUCAGCUUCACUGUGGCUUUCUUGGCCAGGAAGCUGCCUGAUACUUUCAAUGAAGCCAAGCUCAUCACCUUCAGCAUGCUGGUCUUCUGCAGUGUUUGGCUGUCCUUUGUCCCCACCUACCUGAGCACCAAAGGAAAAUACAUGGUGGCUGUGGAGAUCUUCUCUAUCUUGACUUCUAGCGCUGGGUUGCUGGGUUGCAUCUUCCUCCCCAAAUUCUAUAUUAUUGUUCUGAGGCCUGAGCUGAACACCAGGGAUCAGCUUGUGAGAAAAAAAGAAUUGUGA